CAAGAGACCUCCAAACCCCACCUAGACAUCCACUCACUGAAGAGAAGGACUCCUCCUGUUUGUGUUUCAGCACCAUGGUCAGCGUACGAGCUCUCCUCCUCGCGGCCACCUGCUGCUGCGCCUACCUGUGGCUCGCUGGUGCAGAGGAAUCCUCGCUGGAGACGCGCUCGAUAGAUUUCCCGCUGAAAAGCCAACAGGAGAAAGACCUGAUUGACGCGUUGCAAGAAGUUCUGGAGAAGCUGAGGAGCAAGGAGAUGCCCCUAGAGAAAAAGCUUGGCUGGUUGCCUUCGUGUGACGCAGGGGAGCCGUGUGCCGUGCGUAAAGGCGCGCGUAUUGGCACGCUGUGCAGCUGUCCCCGGGGGACUUCCUGUAACUUUUAUGUUCUUAAAUGUUUGUGAAAGAAUAAAAAAGAAAACAUAGGUGCAGGAAAUGACAGAAGAGAGUUCAGGGGUUUGGAGUGACAAGAAUAUGUCCCCUCCUUAAUGUGAGAUAUGGCAGGGAGGGCUGCUUUUGUCAUUCUGUUUGUGAUGAAAAAAUAAAAAUGCAAUCAAUGUUAUCAAUCAAGGACAUUUUUCUUUUAUAAACUCGGACUGGGAUAUGUCAAAAUAUGUUGAAUGUAUGUAUUGUACAGGUUCAGUGGUCAGUGGGCGUCUCUCUUUGUUUUAUUAAUGAUCAGGGGAAGUUAUUUAUGUGGGGAUUUCAUAUUUUUGUUUGUUGUUUCUGUCUAUGAAAGAAGAUUGUCAUUUGCUUCUGAAAACAUUUGUAAGAUGAUGACGUCAAUAAAUUAACUUUUAAAUUCAA